AUGGCACAAGAUGCAGUGGAAACCAAGUCGAAUAAGAGAAGCAGGUCGGAUGAUGAUGACUCCUCAUCCGACGAUGAUAUGGGACCGCAGCUCCCUUCUGCAGAUGCGCCCAAGAAGAAGCGCCGCAAGCUGCCGUACGAGAAGCUCUAUAUCUCAGCUCUCCCAACAUCUGCGAAGUACUCGAAGUCCUUGAUGCAUAAGGAGCAAGUGUCUUUCGUUACCAUGACACCACUCACCGAUUUCAUGAUUACGAGCUCCGUGGAUGGUGUUGUCAAGUUCUGGAAGAAAGGCGCAGAAGGUAUCGACUUCGUGAAAGAAUUCAAGGCACAUUCUGGGGAAACCAGGAGUGUGUCUGUGAGUGCUGAUGGGAGGAGUUUUGCGACUGCUGGUGUGGACAAGAGCAUAAAGAUAUUCGAUGUUAUAACCUUCGACCUAUUGUCCAUGUUGACGUUGGAGUUUACACCUAAAUGCAUCUGCUGGAUACAUAGCCGAGGCGCAUCGCUCCCUCUCCUGGCCGUUUCGGACGAGGUUAAUCAUACUAUUCGGGUAUAUGAUGGACGAGGAGAAAUUCUGGAUCCUAUCCAUACUAUCUCUGGUCUUCACAGAAGUGUAGUUUCGUUGAUAGCAUUCAAUGAUGCAUACAACUGCGUUAUUUCGACAGAUGAGAAUGGCAUGAUCGAGUACUGGAGACCUGGAGGCAAUUACGAGAAACCGGACAACGUUUUCCAAUACAAGUCCUCAACCAGUCUUUUUGAGUUUAAGAAGGCGAAAUCUACACCGACUUCGUUAACCAUAUCUCCAAAUGGAGCACAAUUUGCGACAUUCUCUUUUCCGGACCGAAAGGUUAGGAUAUUUGACUUCCCUACGGGAAAGCUCUACAGAACAUACGAUGAAUCAUUACAGAUCAUUGAAGAGAUGCAACAAGCUGGAACAGCGCUCCGCAAGCUUGAAGAUGUGGAAUUUGGUCGACGAAUGGCAACAGAAAGAGAAAUCGAAGGGCCGAGCCUACGAAGUAAGGCUAAUGUAAUAUUUGAUGAGACUGGCCAUUUCAUCAUAUACGGGUCCAUGUUGGGCACGAAAGUCCUGAAUACAUACACGAAUCGCGUUGUCAAAGUCUAUGGCCAGGAUGAGAAUUUUCGACCUCUCAAUGUCGCCAUGUAUCAAGGCCAACCCCAGAAGAAAGGCCUUACAACCGUCGCCAUGGCCGCUUCGAACAAUCCUCUCCUGCAAGAAUCAGAAACGAGAGAUCCAAUACUCUUCGCUACUGGAGUCGGUAGAGUAAGGUUCUACAUGUUCACGAACGAUGAGAACAUCUCGAAGUCUGAGCGAGAUGUUCAGAAUGAGAAGCCUACCAAUGCGAAUGCAAGGAAGGCUGUCGAAGCAAAAGCGGCGGAAAGUGGAACUGCUGCAAUAAUCCACACCACCUUUGGAGAUAUUCACGUCCGUCUCUUCCCAGAUGCGGCUCCAAAAGCGGUAGAAAACUUUGUUGUCCAUUCGAAGAAAGGAUACUACAACAAUACGAUUUUCCAUCGAGUCAUCCGCAAGUUCAUGAUUCAAUGCGGUGAUCCUUUGGGAGACGGUACUGGAGGAGAAAGUAUCUGGGGAAGAGAGUUCGAGGAUGAGUUCAGUACUCUAAGACAUGACAAGCCGUACACUGUGAGCAUGGCUAACGCUGGUCCAAACACCAACGGAAGUCAAUUCUUUAUCACCACAGAAAAGACUCCUUGGCUUGAUAAUAAGCACACUAUAUUUGGAAGAGCAAUUCAGGGCUUGGAUGUGAUCCAUAAGAUUGAGAAUACGAGAGUGUAUAAGGAAAAGCCAGAGGAAGACAUCAAGAUUCUCAACAUAGAGAUCAUGUAA